GAAAAAGUUAGUUGUCAUCACAGACCACAGACUACAUACUAUUGUCAUCUGUGUUGUUAUUGUUUUUUUGGUGCAAUAGAAACUGUGUGAAGCUAAAGUAGUAUAUUUAGAACAUUUUCAAUCAUGGGGACCGAACAGCAAGCCUGUAACAUCUUGAAGCUGUCUGACUGUGCCAUGAUGUACAUUUUAUCCUAUCUGGAUGCUACCUCACUUUUCAACCUAAGCAGUUUCUAGUUUUUCAUCUUGACCAAUAUACUUUUCUUACUCGUUUUGCACGGCACUAUGUUCAGCACAUCAUGGUGAAUCAGGACCUGUUUGUACUUUAAAAAUAUUGUGGAAGACCCUCAGCUGUGGCGCUACAUUGAUGCACGACAUGACCCCAAUAGUACCAAAAAAAUACAGUACGUUUCAGAUAGAGUUCAUGAUAAAACAAUGCAUAUUCUAAUAAGAGCAGAAAGCAAAUAUAAUGGCUUACUGUCUCAAGAUAUUUUGAGUGGAUGGAGUCAGUUGCAACAGCUCACAGUGUUGGCGUUGGAGAACCAAAGGUUUGAUGGUCGACUGCUUUCAUUGCAAAAUUUUCCAAAAUCAUUAGUCGAGCUGAGCUUAAAGAAAACUCAUGUGAAAAAUGCGAAGAUGUUUUUUCAAAAUACAAAUACCACAAUGAGAAAUUUAAAGGUUUUAAUUUUAGAUCAAUGCGAUUGGCUUGAUAGCAACUUUUUCAUGUCAGUAGCCAAGUAUGAAAAUUUGGAAAUUCUUUCCAUAAUAAAAUGUAUGCGGCUUCAUUUGAAUGUGGUGCCAUACCUCAAUGUUGCUAGAUAUGGUUGUAAAAAACUGAAAGUGGUAGAUUGCAGAUUUAAUACUAUCGCACAUGAGAUGCUUGUACAAGUACACAAAAACAGAGUGGCGUUGUAUUUGCAAAGUAUGAGUUCAUAUGAGUUGGAGACUGGUCGUGUAUUGUUAAAACUUCCUCAUCUCACUAUGCGUUCUCGCGCUCUAAUGAUGCAGAGCACAGUAAAAAACAACAGCUUGGAGCCAUAUUGCAAUUCGAUCGGGGACCUAGUCGAAGAACUUCCAGAAAGUAUUUUGUAUCAAGAUCCAUAUUCCGACUGUUCAUGUGGUUGGAAAGACAGCGAACGAAUUGCUUGCUUAAUAGAUCGUUCGACCAUAAACGAAGAAUCGAAUAUAAAAGAGGAAAUUAGGACUUUCUGCAUUGAUGAUUACAUCGAUUUCGACUUAUCUCAUCAGCAAUUUAUAUGCCACAGGCAUAUGAGGGAAUUAAAUAAGCUUCCAGAAGACUUUAAGAACUUUUUCUACCACAAUCAAAAAAAGUUCUGUCCAGAUUCCUCUGAUAAUGAUAGUGAUUCAGAUGAUGACCUAGACUGUUGUAUGUUCGGUGUGGGCAAAGAUCAAUUAAUAGUUUUGAAGGUUCGAGAGGCCGACGAACAAGGAAACAUACCUGAACCAGUGGUUAUUGAUAUAUUCAAGCCUGAUAGGAACCUGGUGAACAUGGAUGGUGAUAUUGGCCAACAAAGAGCAGCAGAAGACAGGAAUGGCAGUGCUGAACCGGAUCCGCAACCUUCAACUUCCCGAGGGAACAGUUCUACAUCAAGUAGGAACACGUUCAAAAGAAAAGCUGAGCCAAAUGUUGAGGACAAUGACCGAAGAAAAAUGAGAUAUUUAGAGCCUGAAAGGGAUGCAGAUAAUGCAGCAGGUAGAAAAGAUGAGCCAGCUGAAGCUUUUCAACGGUUUCCAUUGAAUGCUGUUGAUAUCCCAAUUAUUAGACUGCCUGCAUACCAGUUACAGCAAGAUAGAAUCGUAAUGAUCAAAAAGGAUAAAUUGAAGUUGCGUAAGCUGUCUCUGAGGGGCUACAGAAAAAUUACAGACAGUGCUUUAAAAUACAUUCAGAAUUUGAGCUUGGAUUUGCUUGAUGUCACGUAUACGGGAGUGACCAGAGAAGGUAUCGAAAGUUUCCUAAAUUUAAAUCCAAACUGUAGAGUGUUACAUCAGGACUACUGUAUUUGCAAGCCUAAUAUCCCUUUAUUGAUAUAAGCCAACGAACUAAGUGUGCGUUUCUUAGACUUGAGAAUAAAGCAUGUAUAGUGA